UAAACCCUCUUUAUGAAAUAAUCGCAAUCAACUAACUGAUUAGUGAUAAUGAUACUUCUCUUAAGUGCCGCCUCUUCUACGUAAUCACUCUCUCCCUCUCUCUCUCUCUCUCUCUCUUCUUUCUCUAGCUUUUGCAUGCGAUUGGGCUUUUAGCGGCUACGGCGGCGAUGAUGAUGCUACAUUGAUUCAAUCUCUCUCUCUCGAAAGAGUGUUCUCAGCUCUUAGGCAGUGGCAAUUCCGUAAUUACCACUCGUCUUCUCUGAUUCGCUUUACCAAUUAAUCGUCUCCUUGAAGCUUUUGCUUGUGCGUUUCCCUGUAAAAGCUGAGUCAUGGAUAAUAAUCCUCUGUAACUCUCUCCCAUUAAAACGCUGUCGUUUCGCUUUGCUAGUAGCUUUUUUGAGAGAGAAGAACUUCAUCACAUUGUGGUCUCUGCAAGUUUUGAAUUUGGGUUUGUGAUGGCGCCCAGACAAGUACCAAAGUCGAGAAAAGCUGGGUCUAGUAGUAAGUUAAAGGCUGCUAACUCUUCCCCUGCUUCUUCAACAGCCUCGUCUCCGAUACUUUAUCAAGAGACGUCCGUGGAUAGCCAUAGCUCCCCUACUUCUUCCUCUGUUCGAAGCAAGCCUCAGUAUACAGGCAGGGUGCCGCAGACUGCUUCUCAGUCCAAAGAAAACGUCACUGUGACUGUUCGUUUCCGUCCACUCAGUCCGAGGGAAAUUCGCAGAGGGGAGGAGAUUGCGUGGUAUGCAGAUGGGGAAACAAUUGUGCGGAAUGAGCAUACUCCGACAAUAGCUUAUGCCUAUGAUCGUGUUUUUGGGCCUACAACAACAACACGCCAGGUCUAUGAUGUCUCUGCUCAGCAUGUCGUUAAUGGUGCUAUGGAGGGGACCAAUGGGACCAUUUUUGCGUACGGAGUAACAAGCAGUGGAAAAACUCACACUAUGCAUGGCGACCAGAGAUCUCCUGGUAUUAUCCCAUUAGCCGUGAAAGAUGCUUUCGACAUUAUACAAGAGACACCAAGGCGAGAAUUUCUCCUACGUGUUUCAUAUUUGGAAAUUUAUAAUGAGGUUGUCAAUGAUUUACUGAACCCAGUAGGACAAAAUUUGAGGAUCAGAGAAGAUGAGCAGGGAGCUUUUAUUGAGGGGAUUAAAGAAGAAGUUGUGCUAUCCCCUGCUCAUGCGCUCUCUCUUAUAGCAGCUGGAGAAGAGCACCGACAUAUUGGAUCCACAAGUUUUAAUUUGCUCAGCAGCCGAAGCCAUACAAUGUUUACCCUGACCAUAGAGAGUAGUCCCUUGGGUGGCAACAAUGAAGGUGAAGCUGUACAUCUCUCGCAGCUGAACCUCAUUGAUCUGGCAGGUUCCGAGAGCUCAAAGGCUGCAACCAGUGGUCUAAGGCGCAAGGAAGGGUCUUAUAUUAAUAAAAGUUUACUGACUUUAGGGACGGUAAUUUCAAAGCUUACAGAUAGGAAGGCUAGUCACGUACCAUUUAGGGACUCUAAAUUAACCAGGCUGCUUCAGUCCUCGUUGAGUGGUCAUGGACGCGUAUCUCUCAUAUGUACAGUGACUCCUGCAUCAAGCUGCACCGAAGAAACACACAACACACUGAAAUUUGCCCAUCGUGCAAAGCAUAUCGAAAUUCAAGCCGCACAGAACAAGAUAAUUGAUGAGAAAUCAUUAAUCAAGAAGUACCAAAACGAGAUUCGCCAACUCAAGGAGGAGCUAGAGGAGCUUAAACAAGGAAUUAAACCAGUUUCUCGGCUAAAGGACAUUAGUGAAGAUAAUAUUGUUCUCCUGAAGCAAAAACUAGAAGAAGAGGAAGAUGCUAAAGCAGCUCUCUUGAGUCGAAUCCAACGGCUGACAAAACUAAUUCUCGUGUCUGCUAAAACUCCACAAACAUCACGAGUUUCUCAUCGUGUUGUUCCUCGGAGGAGACACUCAUUUGGACAAGAGGAGCUUGCUUACCUACCGUACAAGAGGCGUGAUUUGAUGGAUGAAGAGAACCUUGAACUAUACGUUUCUGGUGAAGCUAAUCCUGAGAUUAUAGAAAAUGAUGCGUUUAGAGAAGAAAAAAAGACUAGGAAGCAUGGACUACUUAAUUGGUUGAAACUUAAGAAAAGGGACAACAGUUUGGGGGAAUCAAGCAUUAGCGACAAGUCAAGUGCGGUCAAGUCUAACAGUACACGGUCGACUCCUCAAGGGGAAGGCAGUAAUUUUCAUACCGAAUCAAAACUUUCAGAAAGCUCACCAUUAGAGCCUGGGGAAGAUGUAGAAUCCCUUGAAGACAGCUCUCAUGAGAUAGAGACACCUGAGGCUAGAAGAAGAACAAUCGACCAGAUGGAUAUACUGAGGGAACAGCAAAAGAUUUUAUCGGAGGAGAUGGCGCUACAGUCAAAGUCUUUUAAACAGUUGUCAGAGGAAGCCACCAAAGCCCCUGAAAACGAAGAAAUUAAAGCGGAGAUUAUAAACCUCAACGACGAUAUCAAGGCAAAGAACGACCAGAUUGCUGAGUUGGGGAAACAGAUCUUGGAUUUUGUAAUGGCGUCACAUGAUGCGUUGGAUAAGUCUGAUAUCGUGCAGGCUGUUUCUGAAAUGAGAGCUCAGCUUAAUGAGAAGAGUUUUGAACUUGAGGUUAAAGCUGCAGAUAAUCGUAUUAUUCAGGAACAACUCAACCAAAAGACAUGUGAAUGUGAAGCGUUGCAAGAAGAGGUUGCAAACCUAAAGCAGCAGCUCUCUGACGCUCUGGAACUUGGAGAAGAUAUGAGAUCGAUCACAAGUCACAUGCAACAAAAUGAGGAAAAAGUCAUACAAGCACAGGCAUUUGAGAUUGAGGAGCUUAAACUGAAAGCUGCAGAGCUAAGCGAGUUAAAGGAAGAGCUAGAACUCCGAAACCAGAAACUUGCGGAAGAGAGCUCAUACGCGAAAGAGCUCGCUUCAGCGGCUGCAGUUGAGCUCAGGGCAUUGUCUGAGGAAGUAGCAAGUCUCAUGAAUCGCAACGAGAGGCUAGCAGCUGAUUUGGCAGCAGCGAAUAAGAGCUCGGUUACACCUCGAGGGAAGACAGGGAACCCGAGGAACGGAAGGAAAGAGAGUCCUCUUGUAAAGAGGAAAGAGCAGCAAGACGGCUCGCUGAUGGAACUGAAGAGAGAGCUUAGCGUGAUCAAAGAGCGUGAAGUUUCGUUUGAAGCUGCUCUCGUCGAGAAAGUUCAAAGAGAAGCAGAGCUGCAGAGAACAAUAGCAGAGUCUAAAGAAAGAGAAGCGUAUCUGGAGAAUGAACUUGCUAAUAUGUGGGUUCUUGUUGCCAAGCUGAGGAGAUCACAAGGAGAUAGUUCAGAUAUCUCAGUGUCAGAGACAAGACAACAAACCGGUCAUUUUGGGACUUGAGAGUAUGAUUCGAGCUGUAAUAAAUUGAUUUGAGAUUCGUGAAUUAUUAGUUUGUGUAUUUUAUUUGCAGUUCUCAUUUUCCUUCUGCCGCUUGGCUGUGUUUUUCUCUUUGUUGACAGUAUUGUAAAGGAAGUAUCCUAAAGGCAAAUGAAAGACUCUUGUGCAAAUUUUAGUCUUGCUA